GACGUUUUGAUGGGAUUACAUUAUAGGAGGGAGGAGAGAGAUCUUGCCAGCGAAAAUUGUGGAAAAACUCUGGAGCUUUUGAAGGGAAAAGCAUAGAAAAUGGUUCUUGUGCUCCAAUGCUCUCUUCCUCCUCCUCCAAAUGUCUCCACCAGCAGGAGAGUGCCUGGUAAGAUAAUGAUGAGUUGCUGUUUGGAGCAAUGUAUCAGCAGCAAGCCUCUGACCAGGCAGGUUUUAUCCGGGCUUGCUGCAACGUUAGUGUUCAUCUCUCAAACGAACCAGGCUGUUGCAUUAGAUGUUUCCCAUCAACGAAAUAUAUAUGAGUUUGCAAAUGCUUCGGAGAAGGCACUUACUCUUCCGCUCGAUAAGGGAUCCGAUGAAGGAGAUGAGAGGCUAAUGAUGAUGAGAGGCAUGACAGCAAAGAACUUUGACCCUAUUAGAUAUUCUGGAAGGUGGUUUGAAGUUGCUUCGCUUAAACGCGGAUUUGCUGGGCAAGGUCAGGAAGACUGCCACUGCACCCAGGGUGUAUAUACAUUUGACUUGACGAAACGGGCCAUCCAGGUUGAUACCUUCUGUGUUCAUGGGAGCCCUGAUGGAUAUAUUACUGGCAUACGGGGAAAUGUUCAAUGCCUUUCGGACGAAGAUUUGGAGAAAAAAGAAACGGAUCUAGAAAAGCAGGAGAUGAUCACAGAGAAGUGUUACCUUCGUUUUCCAACGUUGCCAUUUAUCCCUAAGCUGCCAUAUGAUGUGAUUGACACUGAUUAUGACAAUUACGCUCUUGUUUCGGGAGCGAAAGACAAGGGUUUUAUACAGAUUUACUCGAGAACACCUAAUCCUGGUCCUGAGUUCAUAGAGAAGUACAAAUCUUACUUGGCCAACUUCGGAUAUGACCCGAGCAAAAUCAAGGACACACCACAAGACUGUGAGCAAAUGACAGACACGCGGUUAUCUGCAAUGAUGUCGAUGCCCGGGAUGCAACAGGCAUUAACAAAUCAAUUUCCUGAUCUAGAACUGAAGAAACCUGUUCAAUUUGAUCCCUUUACGAGCGUAUUCGACACCCUAAAGAAGCUUGUUCAGCUUUAUUUUAAAUAGCCCUGAGCUGCUUAGUCUUUGCUCUUCUUGUUUGUUAUCUGUUCUGUUCUUACAAAUCAAACUAGAAGAGAGGUUAAGUCGUUGUUCGUACCAUUCAUGGUUUCUUCUUUGUAAUUUUCAUACUGGUGCAAUGAGAAAUUAAAAUGAUAUUUUAUAAAUAA